AUGAACGACUCGGGGAAUUUAACUCUUGAGGAAGGGCAAUCAUCUGGAACUACAGCCGUGGUUGUUGCACAAAGUGUUUUUCUAACGCUAGUUAUGUCAGUUGGAGCAGUCGCCAAUAGCUUUAUUUGCCGAUGUAUCCUCGUUCAUCGCUCUCUGCGCACUAUCACCAACUCGUUCAUAUUUAACCUUGCCGCCACAGACUUACUGUUAUCUGUACUCUGCAUGCCAUUUGUGCUGGUCUCGUCUAUCAAAGGGAUAUGGGUUUUUGGCGAGGUGAUGUGCGUUGUCACGGGAUUUCUCCUUUCCGUCUUCUGUAUAACAUCCAUACUGACCUUGGCUCUAGUCGCUAUCGAUCGCUACCUUGCGAUCUGUCGUCCUCUGAAAUAUUGUACACUUGUAACGCAUAGAAGCUGCUUGAUGAUGAUCGUGUACGUUUGGUUUCAUGCAGCUGUUUGCGCCAUUAUGCCAGUGUUCGGCUGGGGAGAAGGUUACAGAUUUGUGGCUGUGGAAUUUAUUUGUCGACCUUCAUUUGGCAAACCUUCUGUCGACAACGGAUACACUUUCUUUCUGUUUCUAAGUUGUUUCGUGGCUCCUUUCUCUAUCAUCGCCUUUACCUACUUAUCCAUCUUAUGCACCGCAAGGAGACAAUUCAGACGGGUUCACCACCACAAAGGAUUAAAUGUUGGCGAAUUGAGCAACGUAACCCAAGGCAAUUCACAAUUUAACGGAGAAACGACAUUUGUCCGCACGCCCGAAAACACGGUGAUCGCCGAUGAAAUCACAUCUGCAACUAACACGUCUCGUGCUAAAAAGUUGUAUGCCCCGAAAGCGAUACGAAACAAACGAAGGCAGAAAGUGCGUGGUUUCAAAAUGCUGUGGAUUAUCAUACUAGUUUUUCUUAUCUGUUGGAGCCCGUAUUUCUUACUUAUAUUUUACGGUUCCAUAAAUCACCAAAGUUUCUCGAAAGCAGUAAAAGUUCCCACAACUUUACUGACGUUUCUCAACAGCGCGUUAAAUCCUUUCCUCUACGGGUUUUUGAAUGGAAAGUUUCGUGACAGCAUGCGGAACUUUCUCGGGCAAAAUAUCACUUUCUGCAAGUGCUGGAAACAAACUGCGACAGAAUCACAUGUACAUCACAUUUAUUAGAUAUUUUUUUCUCAGAUUCUGUUUCGCAUGUAUGUGUCUCUUGCGCGUAACAAUUAAAGUUGACAAAUCGAGGACAGAAGACGGAUAGCUGUCGCGGCCUUACAUCGAAUCAUUUGUUUUAAUUGUUAUUUUACCUUGCAGUCACUCCCUGUUUACAAUUGUACCCCCGACCAAUUAACGAUGAAGUCGAAACAAAGUUUUUCAGUUAUGUUAGAGACAAUAGAUAAAAGGUCUCAAGGCUUCUUUCUGAAUGCAAAUGAUGUGAUUGGUUUACCAUUUGGCUUAUUUCUCAAAACACUAAACGCCUUCGGCUUAGUUUCAUUGUGAUCGUGUAUGCAUUUUACUCCGAUUUCCAAUUUCAUAAACCACAGCAGGUGGAGCUUGGCGAAAUACAUUUCGCUCCUUUGGCAAAAAUUAUUUCAAGUUAAUAAGUCCAGUUUUCCAUCGUGUACUUGUUUUAUUUUGUUUCGUUGCCAAUGAUCUUCGUUGUUGCGUUUUGUUUUGUUUUCAAAAAAGGUUUAAUAUAACUCGAGACUUAAUUUCCUCCAUUCACCUUCUUAUGAAAAAUCUGAUAAAUUUUUGACUCACUGGAGGAAAAUACAAUUAUUCACUGAAAAACCAUCCUGCAAUCUAUUAAACACUAUUGUGAUUCUUUUGACUCACCAAAUUAAUUUUAUCUUUGUUCUAAGCAAUUCCAAGCGCAUAAUUAAUUGAGGAAAAACAUUCUGACUUAAAGUUUUGCCUCAGGCUACUUCGUGAUAACCUUUUUCACUAUUUCAACCGGAUGGGCUAGUCAUUUUUAUGAAGCUUUCCGGUGUUGCUUUUAAAAUAUGUAAAGUUCUACUGAUGGGCUAACUUUCUAACAGAGUUGACCUUAGCCUGACAGCUGCAGAGACAUCCGAAUCGCAAAAGCGCAAACCUUGGCCGUUUCUUUACAAGGUCAUCGUGCACCACUCGCUUUGAAACGGCGUAAAGUUUUUUCGAUCUCAAUCUUUAGUGCUACAAACGCAGGGCAAAAGUAGCGACUCACAGAAGCAUUCAACCCAGCAAUAUCAACAUUAACAAAGGAAUAGAACUUGUAGGAGCAUGCAUGCCCUCGAUUAAGAGACACCAAAACUGGAGAGCUGUACGGCAGCGGACAGCUGAGGGAACAAAUAUUCCGAAUACGCUUUUCACAGCUGUUGAGAACGAGCCAAUCACAGCGGAGUAUAUGCUUUGUAACCAGCCGUUACCGCCCGAGAAAGAUUAGCAAUCUGUUAUCGAACUUCGCGGUUACAUCAAAAGUGAAAACAUCGAUCGUGAGACGGUAAAUAAAAAUUCAUUAGCAGAGACAACUCUUAUGUCUUUAUCUAGCGGAUUUAUGCCUUUUCCCUUUAAUUCGGAAUUUUUGGCAAAAAUGUCGAAAUAAACGUACACCAUAGCAAAGAUCAAAGAUCCCCAAAUUUCAAAAUGCAUAGCAUUAGUUUAAUUUAAAAAAUUGGUUUAAGCUUUGAAAAGCCAAAACUCAACGUUGUUAGAAUCUUUUUUUGUACCCUACUCAAAAUUCUUUGGCCCUACAAUACCUAUAUUGAUGUUAUAAAAAAUUAAAAGAGAAAUUUUUGAAACUCUUCGUUUUACCUUAAAAUUCUGGAAAUAUAGAAUCAUAUACAUUUAUAUGGGAGGUCUCUCUUAUGCGUCGGCGAGCAAGGGAAAGCACUUAGUUUAAAGACACAAACCGGCGCAGCAAAAUUUGCGUGGUUGUUUAAUAUUUUUUUAAGCGAUGCUUUGUUGAUUAACAUCCCGCUUUGUGGUAUUGCAGUAAUGUAAAAUCCGGCUUCCUCCAGUAUGCGGUGACACGGUUCUUUCGCGAUAGUCAAUAACCCUUGACAUCCUUGUCUAAAAUCAGUUACAAAUUUAGCUUAUUUCACUUAAAAAAUUCCACACAAUUCUAAAAGGGACUUGAAAUCAAAGUUUUUGUACAAAAUCAGUUACAAAUUUCUUACGCAAUAACGGUCAUGGCGGAAUUAUAAGAGUUUGUAUUUCACUGAAUAAAAAAUACGUAAAUUCAGCAUACACAAUUCUAACCGGGACUUUUGAAAAAAUUUGAAGUUGUUUUUCGAGGUUUUCAAACAUAAGAAAAGCGGUCAGAUAACAUGCAAUACUUGAUUUUUUUUUGAGGACACUUUUCAGACAUGAAGGGUCGUAAAUAUUCCCAUACAAACUCUUAUAAUUCCGCCAUGACUGUUAUUGCGUAAGAUAAUCAUCUCACAGCUGGAGCUUGGGCCGCCUGUGAUCAGACAUGAAAGAUCAGUUUUAUAUCACUUUAUCCACAGGACAUGCAAGUAAUAUGAUCUUGUAACAUGGUCAGUUGUGAGCGAAUAUGAAUUAUAUUACUAUGUCCGUGUUUCGCAGACUUCGUGUACGAAAAUGCUGUUUCUGUAAAGAUAAUUUUGAAGUGUUGCGGCGUUCAGGGUUUCGCAAAGUCCACCUCUUCGAGUUGUGGGUUGUGUGUCAGUGUCUACUUAUAUAAUGAAAAAAGGGGGUGAGUUUCUGAUGCAACUGUGGUGAAGCGUCAAAUGAAUAAAGGGGGGGGUAAGUUUCUAAAUAAACUGUGAUGCUGUGUCAAUGGGAGAGUAUAGCAGGUAAUUUAGUGUUAACAACUGAGUUGAAAACGUAAAUUAGCCACCGCGAAGGGUAAAAAAGCUAAAUUUUUUUUUAACGUUUCGAGCGUUAGCCCUUCGUCGGAGCGAUUGGAGGAAUUGUGGGUUGAGUGUGGGUUUGGAAAGUGGAGUUACGCCAUUGGUGGGAAUAUGGUGACGAGAAAACAGGAGUAAAUUAGUUGAAUGAAAAGCGCUCGUUGAUUCCGUGGGGAUUAAGGGUGCCGAUUUGGAAGAUAAAUUUUUGUUCUAGUGUUUUGCGGCUUUCCGAACUGCCUAGAUGUAAGGAAAGGCCGCAGACUGCCAUAUGUUGUUUAGAAUGAUUAGGGAAUGAUUGUGGUGCUGCGUCGUUGGGGUAGAACAAGAUAAUUUGGAUUUUAUCAAAUUAAUGUAACUUGGCCACCGUAAAGAGUUUCUAAGCUGACGCUUCGAGCGGUAACCCUUCGCCAGAGCGUUAGCCCUCCGUCAGAAUGUUAGGCCUUCGUCAGAGCGUUAACCCUUCGCUCUGACGAAGAGAUAGUGCUCCUGACGUCAGCUCAGGGACUCUAUCACAUUUUAUGAACUUCAAUGGCCUGGGCUUUCCUUCUAUAAGACUUUAAUUCCAUCUGAAGAGAGACAGCAAAAAACUGGCUUCCUUAAGCUGCUACACGUGAUUGUCAUGAGUGUAAACUGUGAAUAAACCCUCGUUCGAAGCGCUGCAGGACGCGCGUUUCUCCGCUCGCGGGAUAGGGGGUGCCAGGGGUCUGGAACUUAUAAUUUUUUAUGUUAAACCCCUUGCAGAACUCUCGCUAGCUUGCAAUGCUCAAGGCCUUAUACUCUUCCCUGGGGGAGGAGGGGGAGAAACGCUCCUGCUGAAGCGGUAACGAUGAUAGCCUCGCAAGCUAUCACGAGUGAGAAAACUUUAUGUGAUCGGAUCUGAGAGAAAUGGUCGGAAAUGAAGAUAAAUCCAAAUGGAAUCAGUACAUAUCCUCGUUUCCCUUUGGAUGAAUACUUAAAUUCUGAAAUUAAAAAAAAAAAAAAAAUUAGAGUGAAGACGACAUCUCGAAGGACGUAAAGAAAUGAGCUCGCAACUAAGUACUGGAUAAAAAAAAAGUUCAGGUAUAAGCACUUUUAAAAUCCCAGGUUGCAACUCGAGUUGAGACUGUUUGCUAGUUACAUGUUUGGGCUGCCAUUAGGGCUUGUCCCGUUUCAAUUUGUUGGGAAAAAUUUCUUCUGUCCUUUUUGGCAGAAAAUUUCUACUUCUUUCUUUCGGUCAUUGAAAAGGAAACUUCCUCAGUCACUUUUGCUUAAAAUUUUUUUGUUAGCGUCAGAACUUAACCGAGGAAAUUUGGAUCGACAUGUUAACCCUUUUGCCCUAAAAUUAUAGUUUCUAUAUUCUCCAUACUGUUCUUCUUACAUUUCCUAUGGCACUGACAAGGAGAAUCUGUUCGACAAUCAGCAGCCUCUUAAAUUGGUGAUCAUUUUCUUUUAUCUAUGACCUUUACAUUUGAUUCAAGAGUGAUGUUGUGAGGAGAAUUUAGAAUCCAUUCGCUCCUUGUUCUGGUCGUUACUUUUGAAUUCAUUUCACUGAUUGUUGUAACCUCGACGGGCUUGAACAUUGCACGAAAUGUUUCAAAUCGUUUGAAAUAACAAAAUUUGUAACUUGUUCAAAGCAACACUCGCGCGAUUAUACCUUUCAAACUCUCGGGAUUCUUUUUUAUAUCUUCACUCAUGAGAAGGAUUCAACUGGGGAAGAGUGGUCAGCGGCGAAAUGGCGGUCAGUCGUAAUUUUCUCGGCUCCGCCAUAGUCACUUAUCUAUAUCUGUUCUGUUGUUUAAGUCGCUCUUUAAUUUAUCUAAAUACGCUCAUUUUCUGUCCAUCUUAUGCCCCUGAUGAUUCUGGAGUUACAAAGACCACUAAUGAAGUGGAUUUAUACCGUGCAAGUUGCUCGUCGUCGAUGCGUUUGCUCCGCCAUCUUGGAUUUUCAUCUUCAACAAGAUCGCAUCGCUACUUCACUGCUCGGAUAUCUCAUACUCCGAACUCCGUUUCCUCCUUUAACCUAACGCGUCUUCGCUUAACAACGAGUGGCGACAUCAGCCCGAACCCUGGUCCACUAAUUACGUCUUUUACAACAAAUCGUCGAGCAGUUAAACAUCGAAGCCAUCAUCAUAGCCACCGCUCCAACGUUGUGCAGGUAAACCGCGUAUCUGAUCUCCAUUUGAGUACAUCGAACACUCAGCUGACCAUGUGCACGUUAAAUGCUCGCUCUAUUUCAAACAAAUCUGCACUGUUUGUUGAUUAUGUCAGCGAAUGCAAAGCCGACCUAGUUGCAAUAACUGAAACUUGGUUAUCAGACAACGACUCCGCUGUGUGCUACGAGAUAACUCCUGCUGGCUAUAAACUGUUACACUGCCCUAGGGGUGAUCGUAGAGGUGGAGGUACGGCCCUCUUGUUCAGAGAUAACAUCAAUGUUUCCAAGCUCGAAACUGUUUCAAGGAUUUCCUUUGAAUCUUCUGAAUACCUUGUCUGCACUGGCUCCCUACGCUUUCGAUUGGCAAUCAUCUAUCGACCGCCGUACUCUGUUAAUCAUCCUGUGACUGUGAACAGUUUUAUUGACGAAUUUUCUGAGUACCUUGAAUCUGUUAUCCUAUCUAACGAUGUCCUGUGUUUAACUGGCGAUUUUAACAUCCAUGUUGAUGAUCACAAUGAUUCAGCUGCUUGUCGCUUUUUGGAUUUAUUGGAGUCAAUGUCUUUAACUCAACAUGUGACAGAACCAACGCAUGAACUUGGUCAUUUGUGCCUCUUCAUUUUACUACAUUUAUAAUAUUCGUCGGAUCAGAAAGUACCUUUCACAGCAGUCAACGGAAACUCUUGUCCAUGCAUUUAUAACGAGCCGCCUGGACUAUUGCAAUGGCCUAUUAUAUGGACUACCGGACUGCUUGUUGAAUAAGCUGCAACGAGUACAGAAUGCUUGUGCCAGAUUGAUUCUUAAAGAACAGAGAUUUUGUCAUAUUACGCCCUUAAUUUUUAAGUUACACUGGUUACCAAUUAGAUAUAGAAUUGAGUUUAAAAUAUUGUUAAUUACUUUUAAGAUUCUUAAUUUUUAGCCCCUUCUUAUCUAUCCUCUCUUAUUUCCCUUAGACCCCCUCCAAAUAUAAUUUAAGAAAUUCCAGUGAUAAGCUUUUACUUAGCCAUCCAUCAUUUAAAUCGAAAGCUACACUGGGGACCGUUCUUUUACCUGUGCUGCUCGAAACUAUGGAACGAACUACCGCUGGAUAUUAGGAGCGCAAGAACAGUAAAUAUUUUUAAAGCUAAACUGAAGACUCACCUUUUUCGUAGUGCAUUUCUAUAGCUUUUUUUUUUUUUUUUUUUUUUUUUUUUUUUUUUUUUAUCUCGUUUCUUAAAAUUAUUGUAAGUCUAUUUUAAUGAUAAUUUUUAAUCUUGUAAUGCGCAUUUGAACAUUUUAUGGAAUUUGCGCACUAUAAAUUUUUAAUAUUAUUAUUAUAUUAUAACUGAUUUCAACAUGGCUUUGUGGAAAAAUUGCCUUUAAUCUGCUGUAGACAACUUAGCUUACGCAAUAAGUAGCAGGCAGCUAGUAUCAUUGCUUUGUCCAAAGCUUUAUAUUAUCUUCGCGCUUAUAAAAGAGAACAAAAGCGCCUUGGUUUGUUUCAAAGAUAAAAAUGCUUUCAGAGCUUUUCGAGACAUCAUUGAAUUGUUUUUGCUAAAACAAUUGAUAUAGAACCUCCUAUUGGUUGAUUAUAACCAAAUUUAUUCAUCCCGGCUUGCUUUCUUUCACAUCAUAAAUAAUAAAAUUUCGCUCAGGGCAUACGAAUUGAGUCGGAAUUAACCGAAAAUUUCUCCAACGUUGCCUCCUCUUCACAUGUGGCAGUUUUUUGUUUUAGCAGAAAUUCGUCGUUUGAUCAAACUGAACUGCGAGUUGGUAAAAAAGCGAUUCAAAACCAAUGGCUGGGAGCGAAGAGAAAAUACCUCUAGUUCAGGUAAUUAUUAAUUCUCAUGUAUUGAAUCCUCUCACAGGUAAUACCGUGUUCGCAAAUUUUAUCCUAAUUCAGUAACAUAGACACCACAGUCAAUCUAGUAACUUUACCGACUCAAUAAAAUGAAUUUCCCUCCAUUGCAUAAGUACGGUUUUGACACGUUUCACUGUGUUGUAUAUGUUUUUUUUUAUAAUUUGACGAAGGCAGAAGAUUAAAGAUUAUGCUGAUUAUUUCAGUCGACCAUAUACGUACAGAUGAUGGAGAGCUUCAAAGUUUUAAAAUUGAAUUAUUUGAAAUUACCUUCUGGGUACGUGCUAUAAAAAAGUAUUCGAUUCUCUUCCUUCCUAAUGGCGUUGCAUUUCUUAAAGAGUCUGUUGAAUAGAAAUGAUAAUAAAAAAAGUUAUGACAUUUCGCUCGCACCAGUGAGUUCUUCAUUCAACACAACAUUUGAUUCAAUAACAUGCAAUUUGGAAAAAUAAUAAAGAGAACAAAAAAAACACGCCUUCUUGUUACGUUUGAUUUCUUCACAGCUUCUUCUUGUCAAGGUGACGCUGGUUUGAAUACGGCUUAGUAGUAGACUUAAUGCGCUCAACGAAAACCCCCUGGUAAAGAGCGCUCAUGCGGUCUUUUAUCAUUUAGAUUGGGUCUACCGUCGAGUUAUUGGCUCGCAUUUUUGCAACUUCUACUGUCACUUAAAUUUAAUUUUUUGUCGCAGGGAUCAAACAGUAAGCUAGAAAAUGGCCAGGACAAUCAAACUGCGACAUCCAACGCUUCGACUCACAUCGGUAAAGGAGAUGACAGUUCACUCUUUGUCGGCGGGCAAGACGAAGAACAUUUAUACGACUUCGCAAGUGAAAGUACCAGCCCUGCUGCAUCUGAAACAGACAAACGGCAAAAUCUGGAGGACACCACAACGUAAGCAUUAUACCGUCUCAUACCCGAACAAAUUCCAAUCAAUAUCAGCGUCGCAUUAUUAAUAUCAGCCGAAAUUUUUUAUCAGAUCUCAUUGAUUUUUUUGACUGUCUUCAUAUGUAGUAACAUGCAGACAUUGAUGCAUCUUUGGAGAGGAAACGUUGGAACAGGUAUGCUGGGAUUGCCUGAGGCGAUGAUGCAUGCUGGGAUUGUGGUAAGUUUUGACAUAGAAUUCUGAAAAGCUGAUAGCUAAUGUAUAACUCUGCUAAUAGUAACUAAAGUUCUCUCAACGACUGGAUCUAAGAACAAUUUAUCGCCAACACGGAUGUUCUGGAAUGAAAAAAAAAAACAAAAAAAACAAACAAAACAAACAAACAAUAGUCAUAAAUACCUAAAUCAUUCCCCUUUCCCCCUGCAGGUGGGUCCAUUAGCACUAUUAGCAGUUGCGGGAAUCACAAUCCAUUGUAUGCAUCUGUUGGUCAAAUGUAGUAAUAUUUUAUCUCUGAGGUAAGUGUAGCGCUGUUCAGCUCAACUGGUGUUUCUUAAAUGUUACCUGAAACAGUUACUCUAAGCCACUUUGCCUCCAGACCCCCGGCCAUGGAAAAAAAAGGUAUUACUCCUCCCUCCCUCCCCCAUACAGACAGUGUCGGUCCAUAGUAGGUCACUUAUAUUAUACUUGAGGAAAAAACCCUUAACUCUUGGACCCAUGAGUGACCAAGAAAUAAUUUCUCCAUACAAGAUCAAUACAAUAUCAAUCAGACAAGAUAUGAGGAUAAAGGUAAAUAUCUAUUAAGGGAAUUGUAGUCGAUUCAAUACCAAAUUCUCCGAGCUAACAUCAUAAGAAUUGUACAGCAGACAGUAAGGAGAAUUACUGAUGAGAUCUUCGAGUGGAAGUAUUAAUUAGCAGACAGAGGGACUCUUAUCUAUCGCCUGGGAAGGGGGGGAGUGGUUUUCGGAGGAUUUUGAUUUUUUCACCAUAAAACUUACCUGAUCCCCCCUCAUUGGCAGUCAAUUUUUUUUAUUAUAAACCUCCCUUUAUACUCUGUCAGCGACGACUGAUCUCCCCCGGACAAUAAAUAAUACCUGGUUCCUUAUGUCUCUGCUCUCUUUUUUUUUCUUGUCUCUUUAAGAACUGGAGUAAUUUCAUUGGGUUAUGGAGAAGUUGCGGAGGAGAGCAUCAGACGUCAUUUUCCAAAGAAAGCUCACCUUGGCAGGUAAUCAUGGCGACUUCGGUGUUAAAAAAUCAUCGCAUAAGCUUGUUACUCAGGGUCAUCCAACAACCAGCCGUCUCCCAGGUUGUUACAUGACCACCAGUUCUUCACAAAUCUUUGUAAUUCAAUUUUAAGAAACUUUCACACAAGUUUGAUUUGGCAUUUAUUUUGCAUCGAUACUCUUUAUGAUUGGUCUGAAUAACUUCUGUCCCCUAUCAACAAAGCGGCGAUGAAAUCAGUUGCAACCUAGUCGGUUCCCUAUGUUUUCCCGCCUUCAGGCGAAAUACAAAUAUUUGCUCUGAACUUUUAUUGGAAUCCGAGUAAUUUCUUCCUUUUCUCUAAUUUUGGGCCAUUAUAAUUAAUUUCAUUUGGUCUUCAAUUAAAAAACGCCACAGUUACGUUUUUAUUGAUUCGCAUUGAUUUAACUCCAGCGGGUAUUGAGUGUAACCAGGGUUUUUCGUCCAGUCCGACGCAAUGAAACGUUACAACUUGUUCUCCACCAAGACGUGAUUUAAGCAUAGUUUCUCUUUCAUCAUCAGACACCUUGUGAACUUUUUCUUGUGUAUCUCACAGCUGGGUUUCUGCAGUGUGUAUUUCGUGUUUAUUGCUAACAAUCUUCAGCAGGUAAGACAGACGAUUGUUUUUCUCUACUUUUCAAAUUUCCCUAGUUUAGAAUCCGAAUUGUUGGAGUUGUUGUGCACAUCAUAACUUUGAGCAAUAAAUUUAUCCGUUCAGCCGUCCCAUUCAGUCAAUAAGUACAUGUUAUUUUGACCUCUUCCCAGGUCUCCAACGCUCUUGACGUUCAAUCGUGGAUGGCAAUUAUGCUUGUUCCGAUAAUCCUCUUGUCCUUCAUCCGGGACCUUCGCACCCUAGCUCCGCUCUCGAUGAUCGCUAACAUUUGCUGUGGCAUUUCCUUAGUUAUCAUAUUUCAGUACCUCAUUAGGAACAUUCAACAUACGGAGAAACUGCCAGGUUUCGCUGGAUGGUCGAACUUUCCCGUUUUCUUUGGAAUCGCUAUGUAUGCUUUUGAGGGAAUCGGCGUGGUAUGUUUGAAGUCACUUAGGAGCUUUAGCAAACCACGACGGCGACAACAACGAGGAAGCGACAAAAAAAAGUAUUAAUGGGCGGAACAAUAGCUCAGCAUGUUUACUUUAAAACAUUGAACAUUUCUAAGCUGUUUUCCACAAAACAAGACCGUGAAAUCACCAAAACUUGCGUGGUCUGACAACGGAAAACCAGACGGCAAAUUUUUUAAGUUUCCAUUUGGAACUCAAAGCUGCUCACAUAUGUUGCGCUAGAGUUGAGGUGUGGUGCCGUAGGAAAUGGUAAACACAUCCUGCCAUUCGCGAAAUUCUCACUUAAGAUAUAGAUUCACUUUUUAAUUGACGUCUUCCUCGGCGUUGUCGUCCGGACUGCCUAAGUUCCCUACUAUUAGUAAUAAAAAGAUCUUUCCCUAGCCGGGUUGUCAGUUAGAGGGUAACGAUUGAAAAAGGAAGAGGAGUGAAAAAUUGCGCCUAUGUGAGAAAACUAGAAAGGCGACAGAGAAUGCAGCCGUUUUACACCCGUCGAACGAUCACAUUCGCCGCAAUCGCCAAAAUCCAAGACUUCGGGGUUGUCACGGUAAAAUAAGUCGAAAACCUUUUUUGUUUUCUCAUCUUGCGCACGGAAACAUGUUUCUUACACUGUUUGCCUUGACAGCCAACCGACCAAAUUUCUGGAUAAGUCAAAUUGCUUAAGAACGUCUCGAUUGGUGGUGCUACGCAAACUUGAAUACCUUUAUCAUUUUAUUUUCCUGUCGUCCUUAGGUUUUACCAAUUGAAAACAAGAUGGCCACCCCUCAGGAUUAUCGUUUGGUUCUUAAUUUUGGUAUGGGAGUCGUCACAUUGCUGUUCUCGCUGCUAGGAAUUCUGGGAUACCUCUUUUGUCAAGACGAGUGUAGAGGCAGCAUUACACUGAAUCUUCCAAAUGAAGGGUAGGUUACUCAGUGAAUACUUACAAAAUAAGACAAAAGAAGAAAAAGAAAAAAAAAACAGAUAACGCACAAAUUACAGAGGUGGCAAAUUUGCAAUUAAGAGCACUAUGAAAAUGAAAGCGAUUUUCGCAGCAGUGAACACUAUUUAAGCAGUAGUGAAAAUAAAUGUUGUGAAAUAUUUAGGCCUGUACGGGAUUUUAACUCAUGACCUCUGCGAUACCGGUGCAGUGCUCUACCAACUGAGCUAACAAGCCAACUGGGAGCUUGUUGUCAUGUGUGGGAUCAUAAUAAACCCGUGAAGUGACGAAUAAAUGACUACGAAUGUAUGAAAAUCAUGCAUGUGAACUGCGGAUAAAGAAUUUUCAUAUAUUCACAGUCAUAUAAGAACACUAUGUCGCAUUUCUGCUCUUGCGUGACUGCUCUUCCGCGCUCUCUCGCCCCAGCUCCUGCUGCCUCAGCUAUCCGGCUUGCUUUGAGGUAGUUACAUCUUAAAUCAAAUUGCGUUUGUUUUCUCAACAGAAUAUAUACAGGAGUAAAGUUGCUGUAUUCUACCUGUAUAUUUCUGACGUAUUUCAUUCAGUUUUACGUGCCGAUGUUGAUUCUCCAACCCCCGAUCCUCAAACAUGUACCUGAGGAAUAUCAAACAUGGGCUGACUACGGAAUCAGAGUGGCGACAGUUAUUUUAACAUGUAAGUACCCACCGAAUUUGAAUGAAAACUAAUGAGCGAUAAUUUUGGUCGAUUAACAGUGAGUGUUGUAAAAAUAUCAGCAAUGCAACCGCAACCGUCAAUCAGAAUAAACGGAAAAUUAGCCAAUGAGAGAACAAUAAUAAUUCUUGAACGCAAUAAAUAAUGACCAGCUUCUAAGCUAAUAUGUUCACGUCUUAUUUCUUUGUAGGCAUCAUGGCAGUCAGUGUACCUCAACUGGAUAAUUUCAUCGCAUUGGUCGGCUCCGUUGGUUGUACAGCUUUGGCUGUUAUCUUCCCAAUUUUUAUUCAUGUCCUUACUUUAGCUUCAGAGGGCGACGGACGAAUUCCCACUUCUAUCUUCAUAAAGGAUGGAGUUAUCAUGGUGGCAGGCAUACUCAUGCUCGUGUUUGGUACUUACACCUCCGUAGCACGUAUCAUCGAACGAUACGAACAUGGACAAAAUUAAUCAUUGAACGUCAUUACGUCAAAAUUCGAAGGCUAACUAUUUAAAAAUAACUGAUUGGGUUAUACUUUAUACGUUUACGGCAUUGGCAAACGGCAAACGUAAACUCUGACGAAGAGGUAAACGCAAACUCAUUUAGAAAUGUGGAAGACACCGCGCUCAUCCACAUCGUAGAUUGCAUCGUUGGACUGAAGAGAUUUAACUCGAGUAGUUCUCUCUCUUCAUCCAAAAGGAUAAUCCCUCGAGGAAAAUUGCCACUUGUUGAAAGCAAAAUAAAACUACAAUCGCUAAAAGUACAGGGCAAGAAGUUCAAAUUCUCCGUUUGCCAUAAACGUCUCACUUCUUUCUCUAAUAACAUUAACCAGGAACAAUUAACAAAAAAUUGCGACCAAGUAAAUUUCGGUUGAAGUUUUAAUGAUCAAAAACAGUGUUCUCGAAAACACCUCUAC